CAGUUUCGUGAAAGGGUCUGUACCUCCCGGGUUCUACGUGCUGAAAAAAAGGCACACCGUCGAAGGCCUGGGUAUGGGGUCGGAGGAUCGUGCCGCAUCGCCGAUUCUUGCUCGAUGCGGCUCGAUGUGGAGCUCGGUUCUCCUCCCUCAAAAGCUGACGGCGCCGAUGCCUCGCCGACUUCGUCGAUGCCAUCGCCAACGCAUCGGUGAUGCCUCGGCGGUGCGGCGCGCUGUGCCGACCGCAACUCACUCGGGCGCCGUUUGGGUGCCUCCAGGUGGGCGUGGGCCUGGCGGCCGCCGAGAAGGUCACCAGCUCGUCGUCCUCCACGGCGCUGGCGAGGGCCCGGUGCACCCGGGAGUGGCUGGAGGAGCGGGGCUUCCUGGACACUCUGGAGGGUGAGCGGCAGGUCGGCCUCGCGUACGACGAGUUCAUGCUGCAGCACGUCGGGCCGCAGGGCCAUCCGGAGCAGCCCGCGCGCCUGGAGGAGAUCCUGUCGCAGCUGUGGACCUCCGGGCUCCUGGAGGCCUGCGCGCGCAUGCCCACGCGUGAGGCGACGGACGAGGAGCUGCAACGCGUGCACAGCGCGCACCACGUCGAGCGGGUGCUGCGCUGCGAGGCGUCGGCGAAGAAGAAGACCAAGGGCUUCUCCUUCCCGUUCGGGCCCGACACCUACGUGUGCGAGCAGAGCCCGUGCUGCGCGCGGAUGGCGGCGGGGUGCCUGCUCAGCCUCGCGGACGCGCUGCUCAGCCCCGAGUCGAGCGUGAGGACCGGCAUGGCCCUGGUGCGCCCGCCCGGCCACCACGCCAGCGGCGACCGCGCGUCCGGGUUCUGCCUCUUCAACAACGUGGCCGUGGCAGCCCGACACCUCCAGCAGCAGCACGGGCUCGAGCGGGUCGCCAUCGUGGAUUGGGACGUGCACCACGGCAACGGCACCAACGACGUCUUCGCGGAGGACGAGAGCGUGCUGUUCUUCAGCAUGCACCGCUGGGAGAAGACCGGCUUCUUCCCCGGCUCGGGGGUCCUGGAGGACGCCGGCAAGGGUGACGCGCGGGGCCUCACGGUCAACGUGCCCCUGGACAAGGGCUACGGCAACGCGGACGUCGAGCACGUGUUCAGAUAUGUGCUGUGCCCGCUGCUGGCCAAGUUCAGGCCCGAUGCCAUCCUGGUGUCUGCCGGCUUCGACGCCGUGAAGGGCGAUCCCCUGGGCGAGUGCCGGGUCUCGCCCGAGGGCUUCGGCUGGAUGACGCGCUGCCUGUGCCGGCUGGCGCGGCACUUCUGCGACGGGCGCCUGCUGCUGUGCCUGGAGGGGGGCUACAACCCCGAUGCCAUCGCUCAGUGCACCGUGGAGUGCGUGCAGUCCCUGCUGGCCGAGGCCUCGGGCGAGCCAGUCCCGCCCGGCAGCGAGCUGCCGCAGUUCGAGACGGGCGCG